AUGCCUGAGUACAAUCACUGGUUCAAGCUCGCUCUACGGCUCGUGGAGCCAGAGGGCUCCUUUUCGUUCUUCUCGCUCUUCCCGGGCUACACUUCGGAGGCAGAGUCCUUGGGCCCCCCUGCUGGCGGUUACGCCCCCCAGCCGCCGAAGCCGGACCUGGUACCUGAACCUGAACCCAUGGAGGGGGUGUGUGGUGACGAUGUCUGGGAAGGUGUAAGCGUUGACGUUGACGUUGCUGCGCAAGUGGCUUCGUCUUCUGCUUGCUCCGACCCAGCAUCCUCUCCCACUCCACUCACUUCACAGGGGAAGGUGAAGGCCUGGGGAGGAAAGCGGAAGCGGCUGGAGAAGAUCGGCGAAGACGAAGACAAAGAGAAUCGCGCCUUGAAGCGCUAG